AUGCCCAACACGACCUACUGCAAUUUGGGGACUUUCUCGAAAAGUUACGAGCAAGUCCACGGUCCUCUCAGCUUCCUAGUUUGUGUUUUCGGUUCCGUUGCUAACAUCUUAAACAUAUGUGUGCUCACUACCAAAGAGAUGCGGUGGCCUACCAAUUUAAUUCUAACGGGCUUAGCAGUGGCGGACUUGCUGGUUAUGCUAGAGUACAUACCUUUCACCUUCCACAGGUACCUCAACGACGAAGGAAAAAAAUACAUAGACAACUACUCCUACAACUGGGCGGUGUUCACCAUUUUCCACGCUCAGUUCAGCCAAGUUUUUCACUUUAUAUCGUGCUGUUUAACGGUUAUUCUAGCUAUUUGGCGGUAUAUGGCCAUAACUAGCCCUCACAACAGUAGGUAUUGGUGCGAAACAAGGAAAACCCUGUACAUCAUAAUACUAACUUAUAUAGUGUGCCCCAUAAUAUGUUCCCCCCUGUUCAUGUCGCUCAAAAUCCUUGCGUACAACCAAACGUGUGAUAUUAACAAUAAAAUAAUAGACAAACGGGAACUAAUGAACUUCACAGGGACGACCUACAAGAGGAUAAUAUACAUAACCACCUACGUUAGUGAGGACUACAAAUACGUAAGUUUCUGGAUAUACGGUGUUGUGAUAAAACUAGUGCCCUGUAUACUACUGACUCACCUGUCGCGCAGACUGAUAUCCGUGCUGUUGGAGACCAAAAAACGGAGGAAGAAGCUGAUGGACCACAGCAUGCCCCUGAAAAACGCGAGGGAGAUCAAACCCAUGCUCAACAAGAAAUUCGAUAAGGACAAGCAAGCCGAUAGGACUUCCAGUAUGCUGGUGGCCGUCCUACUGCUGUUCCUCAUCACUGAAUUUCCCCAAGCUAUUCUGGGGUUGCUCAGUGCCACUAAAGGACACCAGUUCGAAAAGGAGUGCUAUAUACCCUUGGGUGAGUUUCGAUAA